AUGUACGGCGGCGCGGAUCAUGUCGCGUCUGUACCUCCCCGUCCGUCGCGGCCAACCAACCACAGGAGAGUGCAAUCAGACACCAGCUUCCUCUUCGAUCAAGCCGUGCAAACCCACCCCUCCGAUGGAAACGUGCAGCGCGCGUUAUCCGCGUCGCGCUACCGCCAGCAUUCCGCGUACGCUCUGUCGGAGCAGCCGGUGAUAGAAGAGGACGAGCGGGCCACUGAAGGCCAUUCGCCGGCGUCCUCCCCCCCCUUGGCGCGCCGAUGCAAGUCUUACUCACGCGCCAAGAGUAAGGAACCCGCAAUCGGCGGGGAUGAUGACUGGGUGCGGGAGAGAUUGCGCGAGCAUGAGAGGGAGGUGGAGCAGGAAUGGCGGUCCGGUGAGCGGAUGCGCGGGAGCUUCAAGGAGCGCGAGCGCGCGUCGCAUGCGGCUCGGCCUCGCGAGGCGGAGAAGGAUCGAGGGGCGGCGCCGAGGGAACGCGUGGAGGCGCGGAAUGGGAGCUUUCGCGAGAGGGACAGGCAACGGGGCGAUGGGAUCAGCGGAAGCCUCUGGGAAAGAGAGGCACUCAAGGAGGCACCAAGGGAGUAUGCGAAGGAGAGUUACGGAGGGGAGCGCGGGAGGAGCGCGCACAAGGAAAUCGCUUCCCUGGACCGAGGAAGCGGAGAUAUACGAGAUGAAGACGAUCGAGGAGGGAGCAGGGGCGGCGCGGGAAGGUUCGAGCAAGGGUUUGUCGGAGGGAGUUUCAAGGACAGAGAGAGGAUGGAGAUGAGAGGCGUGAGUGGAAGUUUCCGGAGUAGGGAGAGAGGGGACAGGGAUAGGGAGCGGGAUAGGGAUAGGGAGAGGGUGGAGAGGGAAAGGGAGAGGGAGUGGGAUAGGGAUCGAGAGAGGGAGAGAGAGAGGGAUAGGGAGUCUAAAAGGGAGAGGGAACGGGAAGAGCGUAGUAGGCUUGGCGGAAUGAGGGACUUUGACGGGGGAGACAAGGAGCGAGGAAGCUUCAGGGACAGGGAGUGGGAGCGGGAGAAGGAGAGGGAGAGGGAGAGAGAGUGGGAGCGAGACCGGGACAGGGAGAGAGAGAGGGAGUGGGAGCGCGCGAGGGACCGGGAAGGCGGAAGAGCGCAAGGCCCCGCGGUGGAGCAGGAACGAGAGCAGGAGAGAAGCAGGGAGAGGCACAAGGGUCGAAGCCAUGAAGGGGACGAUGCAGGCGAGGAAGGGUACAGGGAGUACGGCUCCUCGUCGCACGCGCAGCCCCACUCGCACCAGCCGUCGCACCUCUCGUCGCACCAGUCGUCGCACCAGUCGCAGCGCCUGUCGCAGCAGCAAGGUGGCGUGAGCAGGCCGCAGCAGCGGUCCGAUCGCGCGGACGCGCAUCAGAGCAACCAAGGCUCGAGUCCCCCUAUGCACGGGCAGUAUCCGCGCCAGCAGCAGCCGUUGCACCAACAGCAGCAGGCGGAAGGCAGCCCGUCCACCGGUCCUGCGCAAACUUUGCGCGGAUCUCCGCUCAAUACCAAGCCGCGGGGGUACAGCGGGGCGAGCAGCGCGAGCGGCGGGCCUUCCCCUGAGAGCGGAAAGCACGGACCGUCGCCCAUGGCUCCGGACAUGCUGCGCGUGAUGAAUCAGAGCAAUCGCCACCGUCGGAUUCGAUCGGAGGACUGCUCCGCGUUCUACCACGUGGCUAUCAACGACCCUGGCUCUGGCGGCAGCAGCCCCUCGAACGCGCCUUCUGGGAUCGGAGGCAGCAGGGGCGCUCCGAGCAGCGCUUUGCACGGGGGUGGCAGAGCUCCCAGCGCGAAUUACGGCGGUUCGGGGUUCGCCAGCGGCGCGGGGCGGCCGGGCGCGGGCAGCCAUAGCAGCGGCGCAGGCAGCGGAAGCGGUCUGGCGGACCACGGCGCGCAGAUGCGCAAGGGGGACGCGGGGACCAUCGCCAACGGCGCAAAGGGCGGCCCCGGGCAAAUAGGUGAGCGCGAAGGCAUGGACAGGAUUGGGGGGGAGCGGAAACCGGUGCCCGAACGACCUGCGGAGAGAGCAGCAGAGAGAGCUCCGCAGGAGAGAGGGCCUGAGAAGGCAGCAGCGGGCAUGCCUGUGCUGGCGCGCGGGAUAGGCAGCCAGAAGGAGCGGCGGCGCUCGCGGUCAAUGCUGUUCCCGCCUUCCCACUCCGUUUCUUCCGUCCCCUCGUCCGACCACGAGCGCUCGCAGGAGCGCCUCUCAGCUUCCCCCGUAGGCGCGGGGGCGGCGGCGGCUAGCAGGGAAGCCCUAGGGGGCUCCCCGGAUGGUCACGGAGGGGGAAGAGGCGCAGCUGGCGGGGGAUCCUCGGGGAUGAAGGGGUCCGCGCUGGGGAGAGGGCGGGGAGGGGGAGGGGGAGGGGGAGGGGGAGGGGGAGGGGGGAGGGGGAUACUGGGCGCGGCAGUGGACGUUUUAGAGCAGCAGCAGCAGCGGUUGCGGCAGCAGCAGCAGCAGCAGCAGCAUCAGUGGCAGAAGCUACAAGGAGCAGUAGAUGCUGACACACGCGAGGGCGCGCAGGAGAAGGGGGACGGCGCAGCGGGGAGGGCGCACGCGGAGGACGAGGGUAGGGGGAAGGCACUCAGUGGCGGGGGGUACGGUGAAGGGGGGAAGAGCGCUGGCCGGCGGUCACUGGACGCGGGACUGCAGAGAGGCGCGGGGGUAAUUACAGGCGGAAGCACAGGAGGGAGCGCAGGGGGAAGCGCAGGGGGAAGCGCAGGGGGAGGUAUGGGCGGAGGGGCGCAUGACGGAGCAGUGCGCGCGCGGGCGGGGCUCCAUGAGCCUGACUCGGCGGGUGAUUCUAGAUUGAGGAGCGCGGGACACGGGGGACAAGGGGGACAAGGGGGGGAGGCGAUGGGCGCAGCUUCAGUAGGGAAUGCAGGCAUAGGCGGGGGAAUCGCAGGGAUGGGCCCAGGGGGAGGAACAGGGGCGCAUUCCGCCUCCCCCCAGUCCAGCAGGCCUCCCCCCCGCAGCCCCCCCCGCGCUGCCGUUGGGCCUUCCCGCGCUGCUACAGCCCGUAGCACAAGUGGAAGCUUCUUGGCAAGUGCAGGAGCUGCAGUGGCGGCAGUAGGGGCGGAAAUGGGGGGCAGAGGUGUGGCCGUGCCUGCGGGUAGGGGCAGCAGCCCCCUCUCUGUGCCCUCCAAGGCUAGCAUUGGAGGCAGCGGGUUGAAGGUCGCAGGCGGGGGAGGGGGAGCGGGCGGGGGAGUGGGAGGCGGAGGCGGAGGUGGAGGCGGAGGGGGAGAAGGAGGGACGGGAGCAGGAGGAGCAUGGGGAGGAGAGGCGGAGAGGGCAGGCGGGGCGAGUGGUGGUGGUGGAGGAGGAGCGGGGAACUCAUCACCAGCUUCCAGUUCCCCGUCCGCCCUGUCUCCCGAGUCGUCUGCUCCCUCGUCGAAACCUUUUGCCGUCUCUGCCCGCCCAAGCAAGGACGGGAAGCUGCAUGGUAGCCCUUCGAAGCCCGCCUCCGCCUCCUGCUCUGCUUCCCCCCCUGGGGUGCACCACAGUGGCGCGCAGGGGGCAGGCGGGCAGGGCGCAGGUGCAAGCGCAGGCGCAGGCAUGGGCGCAGGCAUAGGGGUAAACACAAGCACAAGCACGAGCAGCGGCACCAGUGCAAGUGCAAGCAGCUUCCAGGGGCACGGUGGUGCUCCUGGCAAUGGGAGCAGCAGUGCAGUGCUGGGGAGUGUUGCGCUGAAGCUCAAGGCGCGUGGCGGCAUGCACAUCAACCUGCCGCGCAGCACCAGCACCGGUGGCGCCGGGGGCAGCGGCAGCGACUCUCACGGCCUGGGAGGCGCGGGGAGCGGCGGAGGGGGCGCGGAGCGGGGCGGAGACAGGGGGGGUACAGCCAGGGGAGGAGGAGCAGGGGGAGGCGGCGCAGGGGGGGGAGGAGGAGGAGGCGGAGGGGGGAGCUUUGGGGCGAGUGCUGAAGCACAGUUCGGGUCUAGGAAGAACCUGGGGAGUGGAACGUGCUUCUCCCAGACAACAAGCCCUACGAGCGGCUAUAACAGCCCGUACAACCUUGCGAGCCCCCAGGAGGGAGUGAGUCCCUGCAGCCAGACGUCUAGUCCUGGCCCUCUGCUUGACCCUGAGCGACUGUGGGAGCUGCAGAACUUCAAGCGCGCCACUCCCAACACUACUCCCACCACGUCGCCCCGCCUUUCUGGGUCGCUGUCGCCCCCGCCUGUUGCGCCCCCCCGCACGCCCAACGUGAGCGAUUAUUAUUAUUCGUAUAAGUCCGGGGGGAGCCCGAGAGGUGGGGGAGGGGAGGGUGUGGGGCAGGAGGGGGAGGGGCAGAUGCUAGGGCAUGGAGGAGAGGCGGUGGAUGCAGCAGCAGCAGGGGCCCCAGGAGGAGGAGGAGCAGCAGCAGCAGCAGCAGCAGCAGGAGCAGGAGCAACGGGAGCGGGAGCAGCAGCGGGAGCAGCAGCAGUAGAGGGAGUGGCAGCGGCGGCAGUGACACCGGCGACGUCAAAUGUGCUGCAGAAGCCGUUUGUGGUGCUAUCCGAGGUGUACCGGCUGUCCCGCAAGGAGCUGGGGCGCGGCAAUUUUGGAGUGAUCCGCGUGUGCGAGAAGCGCGAGACCGGGGAGAGGUUUGCGUGCAAGACCAUUGAGAAGAAGAACCUUCAGGUGAGCCAGCAGGUGGGGAGAGGGGAGGGGGGGAGAAGGGGAGAAGGGGAGGACGGGGGAGAAGAACAUAAAGUGCUGGGAGGCCGUGGAGGACGUGCGGUGGGAGGUUGCAGUGAUGGAGCUGCUGAGCAACCAUGUCUUGCUUUCCCCCUCUUUAUUCCCGUAUCCCUCCCCUCCUCCUCCCCAUCCCGCCCGCCUCCCCCCCUUUGCUGGGAGGACGUGGAGGACGUGCGGAGGGAGGUGGCGGUGAUGGAGGUGCUCAAGGGCCACCCCAACGUCAUCACUCUCCUGGACACCGUCGAGGACCAAAAGGAGGUGCAUCUGAUCAUGGAGCUGUGCGAGGGCGGCGAGCUGUUUGACCGCAUCCAGGAGCGCGGGUACUACAGCGAGCGGCAGGCGGCCAAGGUGACGCGCACGGUGAUUGACGUGCUGCAGCACUGCCACGGGCUGGCCGUGCUGCACCGCGACCUCAAGCCCGAAAACAUCCUGCUCACCAGCAAGAGGAGCGACACGCGCUGCAAGGUCAUUGACUACGGCAUGGCAUACAUCUUCCAGCCUGGCGAGCGGUGCACGUUCCGCGCAGGCACGCCGAACUACAUCGCGCCCGAGGUGAUAAACAAGAACUACGGCGUGGAGGCGGACGUGUGGAGCGCGGGCGUCAUCCUGUACAUCCUGCUGUGCGGCCUGCCGCCCUUCUGGGGCGACACCACGGAGGAGAUCUUCAAGAGCGUGCUGUGGGGCCACCUUGACUUUGACACCGACCCCUGGCCCCAGGUGUCGGACGCGGCAAAGGAUCUUGUGCGGCGGAUGCUGUGCAAGAACUACGCCAAGCGGAUCACUGUGGAGGGGAUUCUGCGCCACCCUUGGAUCGUGGCUUACACCACAUAG